AUGAGGAUGAACAUUGAAGGGUGUCUACAACUCAUCAUCGGCCCCAUGUUCAGUGGCAAGAGCACAGAGCUCAUCCGCCGCAUCCACCGCUACCGACAUGCCAAGCUCGACUGUCUCGUGGUUAAAUAUCUCUUCGACACGCGCCACUCAGAGGAAAUGCUGUCGACACACGACAAAGUGUUCGUGGAAGCAAUGCCCGUGCAAACCUUGGCUGAGGUCCGUCCAUUCCUGAACGAGUACGACGUGAUCGGUAUCGAUGAGGGGCAGUUCUACCCGGAUCUGGUCGAGUUCUGCCAAGAUGCAGCUAACAUGGGCAAGGUGGUGGUUGUUGCAGCGCUGGAUGCGACUUUCGAGCGAAAAGCUUUCGACAAUGUGGUUGAAUUGAUUCCCACGGCGGAGAAGGUCAUCAAACUCAACGCAAUUUGCUCUUCGUGCGGCCAAGAUGCAGCGUUCACAAGACGUCUUGUGGCCGACAAAACCCUAGAGCUUAUUGGCGGCAGUGAAUUGUACGAGCCGCGUUGUCGUCAGUGUUUUUGCCUGAACUGA